AAAUAAAUAUAAUAAAAUAUGGCUACUAAUGAUAAUUCCAACAAUAAUACAGCCUCUAGUCAAACACCAGCCACUAAUAGAGAAACUCCAAAUAAACAGGCACAAACGGCCCAUAAUGUUUUACUGGAUUCACCCAUACGUGGGCCAACUCUCUCAACCAGCACUUCCAGUUUUGAGGCCUUAGAUCCCCAUGAUCCAAAUCUAAGUAAAUUGGCCAAUAAAACGUUCCGCAAGACAGAGGAAUAUAUAACAAAUGAAUUGCAAGCUCCCCUAGAAGAUUAUCAAUUACUGGAAAAUAUGAAUCGUGCCACUAUUACAAAGUACUCAGAUAUGAGACAAAUAUCGGAAAAUCUAAGCAUAUCGACAGCCGAAUUAAGUCAAAAGUUUCUGGCCUUAAAACCUUUAAUGCAACAAAUUGAUGAAAUUUCUGAUACUGUGGAUAAACUAGAAGCGGCUGCUUAUAAACUUGAUGCCUACUCUAUUGCUUUAGAAAACCGUGUUAAAACUGUUUUGCAACGAAAAAACAAUAUGUAAAAUUUCAUAUAAAAGAUUACUAUUUAUUAAGAUAUUAAA